UCUUUAUUCUGUGUCUAGUAUUGAUAGGAUGUUUUAUGAUUACUACAGAGCAACUAAUAUAAAUACAACGUGUAGGUAGGUAGAUAGAUAGAUAGAUAGAUAGAUAGAUAGAUAGAUAGAUAGAUAGAUACAUAAAUACAUACAUACAUACAUACAUACAUACAUACAUACUAGGGCCUAAUCCCAGCUAGCUGGCUCCAUGCAGUGGGUCACAGGUGGCAUUAUGACAUCAUUAUGACAUCACAGACACUAGGUGGCAAUAAAUUGCUGCUGCUGGGAGGUGCGGCUUUGAUAGGUGAAGAAGGAGUUGUCGUCUAAGGACGAAGUUGAAAAGAAUGAUGAAGAUUAUUCUUUUUGCGAUUUUUCUCCUGGUGAGCUUGCUCACCAAGGGGACCCAAGGCCGGCCUAUAUAUCCAUCUACAGGCUUGGCUGAGGCGCCAUUGGCGCAUGCUGCUCAAUCGAGGAGCUUUAAUUGGCAUCAAGUUACACUGGAUUGGAAAACCGUGGUUACCAACAUCGGUUUCAUUGGACUAGUGAUACUUGCCGGAAUGUGCCUUUGUUGUACUGCAUACUUCCAAUCAUUGAAGGAGUGUCUGAGUAACGCCUUCCAUCGGCUGAUUUACGGAGUAGUGGAAGAUGACAUCGAGACACUAAUGCAGCAACAUCUACCCCAGCGAGCACACAGAUACCUGGAAUUGGACGAUGAUGAUGAUGAAGAUGAAGAACCCCGUGGAAAAGAUCACUACCAUGUGAAACACGAGAUGGGUCAUCAUCAGAGAGACCACCGCCAGAAAUACCAUGUAGCGGAGCGUCAUAACAUCGUACGCAACGGGAGAAAGGACCCCAGGCAGAUGAAGAAAGAACAAAAACCAUCAAUAAAGAAGAUCUUAAAGAAGCCCAUCCAGAAACUGAAUGUGAAAAAAUUUGUGCCGAAAGCGCCCAAGAUCGUCCAGAAAUUGAAGGUGCCCAAAUUCAUCAAAAAAAUGAGGCGCUAAAAGUCACCAUUCAGGAAGGACGGCAUUAACACCCUGUCCUGUGGUGAUUUUCUGGAUGCUCGGCUGUUUCUGGCUUCAGAGGCUUGAUGGUGCCUAUUACAUUCUCCUGGCCGGUCCUGCCUUGGAGGCUGUGGCACUGACCAUCGUGCGCAGAUUGCAAACAUCUUGGAGGCCUCCUGCUGGUCUCUCUGUCAUUCCUGGUACUGCCGCUGACACCGCACUCUAGUGCUGAGCUACGUGGAGCUGGUCUCUGCUGUGGCUUCUUAUCCAUUCUGAGUGCUGGUGGUUAACAUCAAAAAUUUGCCUAAAUUAAUAAAGAUCUUCUUGGGCACUUUUGUGUAUUUGUACAUUGAAAACAUAGACUUUAAGGUAUUGGAAAACAGCACACAAGGGCAUCAAGCAUUGAGCUAGGAAAGGAUUAAUUGGCACAACUUUGUAUUAACUAUGUAGCAAUUAAGGGGUAAUUCAGACCUGAUAGCUAGGGUGCGAUUUUUGCAGCCCUGGGAUCAGGUAGUCAGCGCCUACAGGGGGAGGGGAAAAGUGGUGUGCAUGUGUGCGUUCGCAUUUGUAGCAGAGCUGCACAAACAUCAGUUUGUGCAGUCACUGCUCAGCCCAGGAAUUACUCUGCCGCUGCGAUGGAUUGCUGGUGAUUGUGGCCGGAGUUGAUGUCAGACGCCCUCCCUCCAAACGCCU